GAACGACCCAUCUCUACAGUUGACUAAUUUAAGAAAAAAGAAGUAGAAGUCACAGUAGAAGUGAUGUUUAUUGUUAUUAAUUUAGUUUUUGGAUAGUUCCCAGGUUUUAACAUAAGUAAAAUAUCAUUACCGUGACUUGUACAUUGAAUACAAUACAAUUAUUUUAUAAACGUCGCCUAACUGCAAAUAACCUAAAAUGGCUAAUUCAGAUGCUGUCCAAGUCAGCUCUUUACCUCUGCCCCCUAUGCAGUAUGUGAACCAAUACACAGACGAACUAAUCCGGCGGGGUAGGGCCCCCAAACCCCCUCCUCCAAUCCAAGACACUUAUCAUAUGUUUGGCAACGCUUUCAACACCGAAGAAAGUAUUAUAAGGCCCCUGGAAAGUCAGGGUAUCAAGAGACUCUACCCAUUACAUUUCGAUAGGCGAAGAGAGUUGAAAAAAUUAAACCAGUCCCUUUUAGCCAACUUUCUUGACUUGCUGGAUCUACUCGUUAACUGCCCUGAUUCCCCACGUAGAGCAGAAAAGGUGGAAGAUCUCAGCCUGCUGUUCAUUCAUAUCCAUCACUUGUUGAAUGAAUUCAGGCCACAUCAAGCCAGAGAGACACUAAGGGUUAUGAUGGAGCUACAGAAGAGGCAAAGGAUUGAAACAGCUAAUAGAUUCCAGAAACAUCUAGACAAAGCCCUGGAUAUUCUUCAGCAAGCAAUACAAAACAUCCCAGAACCGAUGGAGGUGGAUUCCAAAAUCAUGAUAGAAACCGAUUUGCUGAUAGGCAAUGAAAAAAAUGAUAAUGGUGAUGGUAAAGCAGAUCCGUGCUAUAUCUUGGACAGGAUCAUGUGCAGUGUUAUUGAUAACAUGCCAUGACAUUACUUUAUCUGAUUGAAUAUAAGUUUUUAUGUAAUAUAUAUUUUCUUUUUCAAAA